GCCCACCCGCUAACUUUUAAUAUACAAGUUUUUUCACAUGACUGUUGUUGGCUUCAAUCUGUCAGAGGAACCCACCCCAGUCUGCACACUCAGCAAUAAGUACCAGAUAAAACAGUUUCACAGCCGAUGACGUCGCUGUGUAAAAAGAGGAACCUGACAGUGGACAGAAAAACAGGACAGAGCUGUGCUGAGCAACAACAGAGACAUUUUCAGACCAACCAGGACAAAAGAUACAGGAUGAGUAAGAAGCUGCUGGUAGAUGUGGACUGCGGUGUGGACGAUGCUCAGGCCAUCAUGUUGGCGCUGGCUGCUCCCAGUGUGCAGCUCCUGGGUGUCACCUGCGUGCACGGAAACACUGCAGUGGAGAAUGUGUGCAAGAACACUCUGAGAGUUCUGCAGGCCUGUAAUAAACUGGAGAUUCCAGUGUUUAAAGGUGCUGAUAAGCCCAUCCUUGGUGACGUCAUUGAUGCGGGUCACUUCCACGGUCAGGACGGUCUGGGAGACGCUCCUGACCCCCACGCUCCUGGUCUGGACCUGCUUCAGAAAGAAAACGCUGUUUCUGCUAUCAUCAGGAUCGUUAACGAGAAUCCAGGAGAGGUAUCUCUGGUGGCCACAGCCCCCCUCACCAACCUGGCUCUGGCUGUGAGGAUGGAUCCAUCGCUGCCAAGCAAACUCAAAGGGCUGUACAUCAUGGGGGGCAACACUGAGUCUCGAGGAAACAUCACAGUGUGUGCAGAGUUUAAUUUUGCUGCUGAUCCAGAAGCUGCGUACAUCGUGCUCAAUGAUUACCAGUGUCCUACUUACCUGGCAUGCUGGGAGUUCACCUGCUACAGCAAGCUGCCCUGGGAGUUCUGCGACGCCUGGUUGGCGCAGGACAGCCACAAAGCUCGCUUCAUGGCGCAGAUCUUCCGCCACAGCAUCGAGGCGUCUAAAUCCGAACGCUUCGAGAAGGAGUUCUUCACCGGCAACGGCUUCAUCUCCUGCGACUCGUACGCCAUGGCGGCUGCUGUGGACGACUCGUUCAUCACAGAAAGUGAUCAUUACCCAGUUAGUGUAGAGCUGGUGGGAACUCACACCAGAGGAAUGAUGGUAGUGGACACUCUGGGGCUCCUGAAGAAGUCUCACAAGGUUUUUAUCAUGAAGAAGGUGGAUUUGGAGAGGUUUAAGCAGAUGAUGGUGGCUGCUUUAAAAUAACUGACCAAGUUAUUAGACUUUGUUUUUC